AUUGCACGUAUCUCCAGCAAUCAGAUCACCCGCAGCCAUUAGAAAAGGAAUAUGGACCGUCCUACUUUCAUAAUCGAUACUAUUUCGAAUUUGAUACAAUUGAAACGUCAUCAAUGUUGGUUUUUAUCGAUUUGGUAUCUCAUUCUUUCAAAGAUUUGGACUAUCCUGUCGUGAAAAAAUUCGAGUGAGUGUCCGAUACGAAAUGAUAAAAAACAACUCUCGUUUAUCCGAUUGACCAACGCCACAUAAGCAGAAUUUAAUCAGCUCUCAUUCCCCUUCGACAUGUGGCUCAUUCAUGGAAUACUCGUUUUUCUCACGUUCUUCGCUGUACAAUCUUCGAAAACUUCUCUUCCAGAUGACAAUGAAGAUUUGAAUAUUUUCACUGACGCAAUACUUAACUGGACGCGAACCGGAUGUGAGAAUGAUUUAUUGAGGCAAUAUUUUCUCAAAUUGGCGUUUCCAAGCGAACUACAAAAUUCGGACUGGCGUACAUUCAGUAAUUCGAACGCAAAAGCUGCGUGCACGAUUUGCAAAGCUUUUGUUAAAGUAGUUAUCUCUCAGCGGAUAGAAGGGGCUGCUAUUGAAGAAAUUCAAAAUAACAUCAUAAAACUUUGCAUAUAUUUGAAUCUCCAGAAGGAACUCGUGUGUCGAGGGGUCAUCGAAACCCAAUUGCCGAUACUGCUCUUCAUCGUGGAUCAAGAUCAACAAAUCGAUCCGGCUGAUGUUUGUGGUUUAGGCUUGCAGAGUGAAUACUGCUCGACGAUUAGUGACAAAUACAAUUGGCAAAUAGAAAUCGAUGAAAAUCCACCCAACGAUAUUGUACCCCCGGACGUGGAGGGAGAUUUCAAAGUUUUGCAAUUAACCGAUAUUCAUUAUGAUCCUGUUUACGAACCUUAUGGGAAUUCCCAAUGCGGUGAACCGAUGUGCUGUCGGAAAGGACAGAACGACACUAACACCGGUGAUAGUGUUGCUGGAUAUUGGGGUGAUUACAACGACUGUGAUCUCCCUUGGCACGCUUUGAUCGAUGCACUUGUCCAUAUGAAUAGUACGCAUAAAGAUUUGUCGUACAUUUAUUUCACCGGUGAUUUGAUUGACCACGGUGUUUGGGAAACAACGAAGGAAGGAAAUAUUGAAAGCAUUAAGAAAAGUUACAAGAAAAUGAAGGAAACUUUUCCGGAUAUUGCGAUUUAUCCGAUCAUUGGAAAUCACGAACCGCACCCACUCAAUGUAUUUGCUCCGAACUAUAUUAAGGACGAAAACUUCAGUACUGAAUGGUUGUACAAAUUGAGCUCAGAUCUUUGGAUCGAGUACGGAUGGUUGCCAGAGUCGACGAGACAAACUAUUUUGCAAGGUGGAUUUUAUACCGUCUCACCUCGCAGAGGUCAUCGAAUAAUUGCUCUCAAUAAUAAUGUUUGCUACACCUUCAAUUGGUGGUUAUUACUCGAUCCACAAGAUCCAAGUGGCCAAUUACGUUGGUUAGCAGAUACGCUAUUGGAAGCUGAAACGAAUGGCGAAUACGUGCAUAUAUUGGCACACGUACCUUCGGGGAACAGAGCUUGCUAUGCCUCGUGGAGUAGAGCGUAUCGAAAAAUCGUCGAUCGAUUCGCCCACAUCAUAAAGGCGCAAUUCAACGGCCAUACACACUUCGACGAAUUUAACGUGUUUUACGAUCUUGGGAAUUCGAGUAAACCUGUUAACGUUGCGUGGAACGGUGGCAGUUUAACGACCUUUACUCGACUUAAUCCAAACUACAAAGUUCAUACGGUCGAAUCUAAAACUUUUGAAAUAAUAGACAUCGAUACGUGGAUCUUCAAUUUGACAGCAGCGAACGAAACUCCAGAAUCACGACCGGAAUGGUAUAAAUCUUAUUCUUUCAAAGAGGAAUACAAUCUCGAGGAUCUCUCAGUCGAAUCUCUUCACAAAUGGAUUGUUGAUAAGUCGAAGAAUAUCUGGACAUUGCAGCGGUAUCGCGAACAUUUUUACAAACGUGCUGAUUCGUCUACGAGUGAAUAUUGCGACGAAGAGUGCCUCCGCAAUCUCUUGUGCACAAUCGUAACAACGACACCGAACCUCGAGGGUCAAUGUGAUUUUCUUCUAUCUUGAGCCGAAAUCGACGAUAACAAUAAUAACAGUUGUUAUCAAAUUUUUUAUUUUUUCAUAUAAUUUUUUUCACUAAGACCAAUCCUGUAUACUCAAACAUCAACUAAAGUUAAAAGUUGCAUUUACAGUGACCAUAUACACGUCUUUUCGACUCACCGUUUUCGAAAAAAAAACAACCACAUGUUUUCCUCAAAGAUUUCGAAAAUCGAGCCAGUUUAUUUUUCUCAUGUUCAUUACGUCUUCACCAGGAGUUUUAUCCAAUUCGUUCAUCUGUAAUUUUUUUUAUCAUUUCAUGCUAAUAACUUUGAUAAAAACAGAAAUAAUCAUAUUCUAGAUCUUUUUAAAAUGUAUGAGUUAUGCAUUUUUUUAUUUACCUGUUUACGCACGUAAGCGACUAGUUUUUCUAUCACCUCUGGGUCGUUGCCUUCGCAUUGAUAAAAUCUACGCCACAAUGCUCCUGCAAGGACUUUAUCAUCGGACAUAAUCCCUUCGUCGUAGCCAACGAUCGCAGCAUUAAAUUGUUUCGAAAGUAAUAUGUACUGAUUCCUCAACGCAGUCGUAUUGGGUUGCUGGAAUAAAAUGUUAUUUAAGAGAGUAUUGUUGAGAGAAAAGAAAGGAACAGAAAGAUUCUUACUCCCAAUUUGUCCUUCCUGACGUUGACGUCAUCCCACAUUGCUUCGACUAUGUAGUUUCUCAGCUCUUGACCAAGUUGUCCUUCCGCCAUACACCUUGCCAUCAGCAUCCAAACAUGCAAUUCGGUGAUAACGAACCAGGAAUAAAAUGUGUCCGGCAUUUUAAGAUCU